AUGUCUACGGUAUCAAGAUACAUUGAAGAGCAUAAAGACGCAUUUAUUAAGAGAUUAAGAGAGGCCGUUGAGAUCCCAUCAGUCUCCGGUGAAAUAAAACGCAGGGACCAGGUUAUCCGUAUGGGACACUGGUUGAAAUCUCAAUUGGAAGAACUAAACGCUGAUGUUAAACUUAUCGAUAUCGGCACUCAAGAGUUAGAGGGAGAGACCAUCCCACUCCCCCCAGUCGUGUUUGCACAAGUUGGCAACGACUCAAACAAGAAAACGCUUACUAUUUAUGGUCACUACGACGUUCAACCAGCCAACACAAGCGACGGCUGGGAUUCUGAGCCAUUUGAACUCACAAUAGAAGGUGAUUUGAUGAGAGGUAGAGGCUCUACAGAUGACAAAGGACCAAUCGUUGGAUGGUUGAACACCUUAUCAGCAUACAAAGAAACCAAGACACCACUUCCUGUAAACAUUAAGUUUGUUUUCGAAGGUAUGGAAGAAUCUGGCUCUGAAGGUCUCGACGAGCUUGUCGUCAAGGAAAGUCAGGGCUUCUUAAAGGGAACAGACGCCGUUUGCAUUUCAGACAACUAUUGGCUCACAAACCGCAAACCAGCAUUGACAUAUGGUUUGCGCGGUGUUUCUUACUUUGAAAUUUGUGUCUCCGGUCCAAAUGCUGAUCUCCACUCUGGUGUAUUCGGUGGUACUGUCCACGAACCAAUGACAGAUCUCAUCAAGGUCAUGGGUACUCUUGUCAACACAGAUGGCAAGAUCACGAUACCAGGAUUAUACGAAAUGGUUCAGCCACUCACAGAUGAAGAGUUAGCCAGAUACAAGAACAUGGAUUUCGAUGUAAAGGAAUACCAAGACAGCAUCGCAUCAAAGCCAAUUACCGUCUCAGAUGAUAAGGCAACGAUCCUCAUGAACAGAAUGAGAUAUCCAUCUUUGUCAUUACAUGGUAUCGAAGGUGCAUUUUAUGGCGGUGGUGCAAAGACCGUAAUUCCAGCAGGGGUCAAGGGUAAAUUCUCUAUCAGAACCGUACCAAAUAUGGACAUCCAAAAGCUUGAAGAACUUGUCAAGAAGCAUUUGAACAGCGAAUUCGCUAAACUCAACUCACGCAGCAAUUUCGAAGUCGUACAACUUUCAGCAGGUCCUGCAUGGGCAGCCGAUCCAAACCAUUGGAAUUUCCGUGCUGCAGCUAAGGCAGUCAAGUCUGUCUUUGGUGUGGAACCAGAUCUCACCAAAGAGGGUGGUAGUAUACCAGUUACUCUCACAUUCGAUGAAAGUCUCAAAGUAAAUGUCUGCUUGUUGCCAAUGGGCAGAUCUGACGAUGGUGCACACUCAACCAACGAGAAGCUCAACAUUUCUAACUUCAUUGAGGGCACAAAGGUCUUCGCUGAAUAUCUCGAGAAUGUUGCAACUCAUGACUAA